AGUUUUUUAGCCGGAAGAUCAACGCACUAUUCUGACCCUGUAUACGACCGUAUAAAUAGAGUUAAGCCAGCAUCAGUGUCGUUAAAGUGUCCAGAAUCGAAAGAGUCGGAGUCCAAGCUCGUUCCAUCAUAAUGAAUUGUCUUAUUCUGCUUCCUCUGUUCGCAGCUGCUGUAUUGGCAGCUCCACUCAAUCAAAAUACUCCAGCAAAUACUUAUCUGAUGGACGUCAAUUAUCCAAUCCAGUAUGGAUAUCCGUUCCGGGGUGUGUAUGAAGGACAGGAUUUGACUCGUCAGAAUGUACCCGGAUUUACAGUACUGGCCCAGCAAAUUGCAGCUUCACUCUCGAAUUUGCAGUUGUAUUACACCGUUAAAAAGUGGAAUACAAUUCUAUGCUAUUUGGAUUCCACCUGUCCCGAAGUAGUACUGCCGCCUACACCUCCUUUUGGCAGGGAGCAGGCUUAUCCACUUCUCGUAUCCGACCAGCUCGCAUAAUUGACGUUCCAUAUUGUACCUCAAUAACAUUUAAUAAUGUUUCUAUUUAUGAACUGCUUCUGAUUAUACGGCGAAUUUGGCUAAAUCCUACUUAAAAAUGAAUAAAAUAUGCAGUACGCACGUCUUCUGAA